AUGUGGGUGCCCGUGAACCUUUUCAAGAUGAAAUCACAUUGUCAUCUGAAGGAGAUCGAGGUGUAUUCCCGUAAGUAUUAUGAUGAGCAGGUUAAACCACUUGUGCAGAAACAGUUGCAUGGGCGCACCGUUACGAAGGCCAAGAGGCUCUUGAUUAUCAAGGACACCACAGAGGAUAAGUACAAAACAGAAGACGAGAACAUUAAGGAGGAGAUCAGGGUGCAUGUGCUUGCGCUUCGGACAUUGGGAGCAAACAGUGACGAGGAAGAUGAAGCUAAGGAGGGUGCGGAUGAGGACAUGAUUGACCUGGUCGUGUGCCAAGUUUUUUUUGCGACAUUACUGCAGAGGCCACCCAUAGCCAACUUCCUGAAUGGGCAGGAGACUCACCAUAUAUGGCAGUUUUCUAUGUCUGCUUCAAAGACUCCCCUGAUACCUGUGGAGCUCUCCAUAUUCUCAAAGAUACCUAAUCUGGACACACCUAUGAGCAUCCAAGGAGCAUCCCAUGGAGAAGGAAUAUUUUGGGAUUUUACGGCAUUUAAUGGGGCUCUAGUUCUUAAAGAGCUCAGUUAG